GAGAGAGAGAGAGAGAGAGAGAGAGAGAGAGAGAGAGAGAGAGAGCGCAAAUGAACAAGAGAGAGAGGAAGGACCUCACACUUUACCUCUUCAACAACCGAGUGAUCAAACAUGACGGAAAUGUAAAAGGAAGAUGUUGAGUCCAUCGUGUCCAGCCCAGAAGAGCCUCGGUGAAGAGGACAGCUCUGGAUCUGAUGCAGGGUCAGACGUAGGUCUGGAACCUGAGACAGACCGGUUCGGCUUCAUUGUGACCAAUGGAUCCACAGCUGGGAGUGUGGGCCCACCCCCUGAGUUGGUCAGGCAGAGGGAGGCCAAAUGGAUAAACAUCAUUGGCCAAUGGGAUCGCAUCUUGUUGAAGAAGACCAGUAAGGUCAAAGUGCAGUGUCAGAAAGGGAUCCCAGCCUCACUCAGAGCCAAGUGCUGGCCUCUGCUGUGUGGAGCAACUGACAAGAUGAAACUAAAUGAAAACCUCUACCAGUCUAUGGACUCGCAGCCCGCUCUGCAGAGCUGGGUGGAUGUGAUCGAGAGAGACCUGGACCGACAGUUCCCUUUCCAUGAAAUGUUCCUUUCUAAGGAUGGACAUGGGCAGCGUGGUUUGUUCCGGGUGUUGAAAGCCUACACUCAGUACCAACCAGAAGAGGGUUACUGCCAGGCACAGGGGCCUGUGGCUGCAGUGCUGCUAAUGAACAUGCCUGCUGAGGAGGCCUUCUGGUGUCUGGUGCAGAUUAGUGAGCAAUACCUGCCUGGAUACUACAGCUCUCUGCUGGAGGGAGUCCUGUUUGACGCAGCCAUGCUGACCUGGGUCUUGAAAAGGACGUGUCCAGCUGCACACAAACACCUGCAGCACCACGGAGUGGAGCCCCUCAUGUUCGCCACCGACUGGCUGAUGUGUCUCUUCACACGUCACCUGCCCUUCAACACACUGCUCCGAGUCUGGGACCUCUUUUUCUGCUAUGGGGUGCGGGUGCUGCUGCAGGUGGCGGUGGUGCUGGUGCGUCGGGUGCUGGGCCGGGCUGAGCAGAGGAAGCAGUGUCAGGGCCAGAUGGAGACUCUGGAGAGGCUGAGGGGCGUCAGGGAGCAGGUCCAAGAGGAAGAUGACGCCUUCAUAGCAGAGGUGUGCUCGGUGCAGCUGUCAGCCAGAGAUCUGGAGAAGCAAACGGAGAAGGAGUUAGAAAAGUGGAGGAAAGACAGACCCUCAUCCACCUUUGACCCCCGAGGUCGUUGCCAGGGAUACCGAAUGGCGUGGGCGAGGUCACGACAGAGCGAGGAAGAACGGGACAGGAAAGAGAGACAGAAAGGGAACCUGUCCAUCCCUCUCGCUCGCUCGGCCUCCACUCUCUCGCUGUCUCCCUCCCUCCUUCACAAGAGGUGGAGGAAAGGGGGAAAGGUUAACACAGGCGAAUGGGAAGGCGGUGGCAGAGUUGUAAGGCAUCUCUCAAUGGGAGCAAAGGAGGACUGGAAGAGCUUGACUGAGUUAAAUUUUAAGAAGGUGCAGGGAGUUCAGGAGGAGGAGGACGUAGUUUCAGAGGAACAUAAAAAACAGAGUGAGCCAAAACUAACAGGACAAACUGAACAGAAAGAACUUUUAGAAGAACCUAAAAAGAUCCAAAACAUACCAACAGAGCAGGUAGAAGAAACAGUCGUAGUAAAAGAACAGAUUGAACAAGUGGAAACAAAAAUCACUGAAAAGGAGGAAAGCCAACUCAAAGAGACAGAGGAAAGCAAAAUGCUUUCAGAGCAGAAAGAAGAAACAAAUGUGGAGACAGAACCAACCCAAGGUCCAGACAAAGAUCAGACUGUUGAAAAUAUUCUUCAGCCCAAUGAACAAACCUUUCACCACAAACAAGGAGAGGAGCUGGACUCUUACAGCCAGUCACAAGUCCUGGAACAGAGUCACCAAAGUGAGGACCAGGAAAUUGAGGACAAAGACAAAAAUAAAGAGACCAAAAAACAAGUUGCAGAAAGUGAACAUUCAGCUGCUGUGGAGGAAAAUCAGACUGAGAUACAGAAAGAUGCUGGAGCAGAUACAAACACAGAGGUGGAGAUGGAAGUAGGUGUACACUCAAAUGAGGAACAGAUCAUUCAGUCUGACAUAAAACCAGAGGAGAGCACAGAAACUGAAAAUGUACAACAUACGCAGGUGGACACAGUCACAGAAGUCUCAGAAACAACAGGUGAGACAAGCCCAGGCUCAGAGACGGACAGUAAAGUCGAAGCUUCAACUGUCAAAGAUCCUACAGCAGAGACAGAGGCACAAAAGCAACAGCAAGAAGAGACAGACAAAAGCUCACCGGGAGAUGCAUUUGAAGGAAAAUGCCACAGCACUGAGUCAUUAGCAGAAACAGACAUGAAAGAAGAAGAGUCCCACACCCAAACAGAGACAGAAAGUGAUGAACUGGCACAGACUCAAGAAAAAGUAGAGGAAAAUGCAGCCACAUGGGACGAAUUGGAGGCUGAAAUAGUACAAAUAGAUUCAGAACAACACACAGAUUCAAAGACAGAAGCAGAAACAAUAACACUGCGUUCACCUGAAUGCAUCCAACCACAAGAAAGGACUGAUUUAGCAGCCGAUACAGAGACUGAAGCAGAAAUACCAGUUGCAAGCAACAUAGGGACUGAGUCAAGUGAAGCUCAAUGUUUAGAGAAAGAGUGUGACGCAGUAGCAUCUGAACCUAAACAGGAAAUAGAAAAAAUCAUUUUGACUGCAGACUCAGAGACACAGGUUGACAAUGAUCAAACACAGGCAGAGGAAACACCAACUCAGAUGAAUGAUGAGACUACUGACUCCAUAGCACCUCCACAGAAGGAGGUGACUUCAACACAGGCUGAAGAAGUGAAUCUCACCACAGAGCGUGAUGGGAAGACGAGUUCAGUAGAAAUGAAUACCUCUGAGGAACCUGAACAACCAAAGAUCCAGGACACUGUGGGUGCUGUGGAAGAGGAAGAAAGCACAGAAAAUAUUGAUGAAAACACGUACGACGUACACAACGUAGGAGAGGACGACGUCUUCAUGUCUACUAAACCAGCAGACUCUCCAAAUACUGACAGUAACCCACAAGUCCAAGACAAAGAUUCUCACCUUGCCAAAGACCAGACUGAGCCGAAUAACAGCGGCCUGACACAAGCUUCUGGGCAUCGCAACAGCCGAACUUCUGGGGAUUUAUGCGUCCGCAAGUCAUCCAGCUCCCGUGGAUCCAGGUUAGGACGUAGACUCUCUGAAGAUCUCUUCACCAUGCCACAGAAAACUUGCCAAUCACAAUCUAUCCCUAAUCAGCCAGAAGUUAAACACACCGAAUCACAGUCCAAUCCUGGAGCUGUAAACCCGACCCAAACUCCUCCUGAUGUAACUCAGUCUGCAGAAGUGACCAAGAAGACAGCGGUACAGCAGGAGCAGCCACAGCCGCGGCCGCAGCCGCAGCCCGACCCCCCUAAACGUUUUGGACUCUUCCGCAGACUGAGAGGAGAGCAGCCCAAAAAGGCCAUGGCAAAGGGGACACCCAAAAUGCAAGUCCCCAAAAUCUUGAUUCAGGACUUCAGUGACGGAACAAGGAUGGGGAAACCGAUUGAGGAAGAGGGGGAGGAGAAAGUGAGCUCCAGGGAAAGGAGGAGGAGGCGGAGGGAGCGCGAGAGAAGGGAGAAAGAGGAGGAGAGGUCAAGAAAAAAGAGAGAAAAGGAGGCGGAGAAGGAGAAGGAGCAAGAGAGGAGGAAACCGCAGACGAGAGGGAAAAGUUUCCAGGUGCAACGAGAGAAAGGGAGCAGUGAUGCGCCUCAACCUGCAAAGAUUGGAUCACAGACGCUUAGAUAUACUGCUUCUUCUGCUGAAUCUUACUUUUGAUAAAAAAAAACCCUUUUUAUAAUCAAAUUUGGAGAAAUGAGGAGGUGUUUUAAGGAGUGCUUCAGACCUCAUCCAGAUCCUGUCUCAUUGGCCUUUCUGUUGAACACUUUGGCUCCACAUUGGUUGAUGUGCAGAAAUCCCUCAUCGUAAAUCUUUGUCAUACUUGAACCUUUUGACAUGUAAAUAAAUAAUGUUUACACACUUUGAAAAA